AUGAUUAGCUCAGUUUGCGUAUCCUCUUUUCGCGGACGGAAGUCGGGCAACAAGGUCCCUACCAAGACAUGCUCAAAAAGCGAGAUGGGUCCGCAGCAGGACAGCGACAAGAUAGUGAUAAACUGUGGGGGAGUCCGCCACGAGACCUACCGCAGUACCUUAAAAACCCUUCCUGGGACCCGUCUUUCCUGGCUCACAGAACCUGACGCCUUUAGCAAUUUUGACUAUGAUCCAAAAUCGGAUGAGUUCUUUUUUGACCGGCAUCCUUCAGUUUUUGCUUAUAUUCUCAAUUACUACCGGACUGGCAAGCUACACUGUCCCAACGACGUAUGUGGCCCCUUAUUCGAGGAGGAGCUCGCUUUCUGGGGGAUUGACGAGACCGAUGUGGAAGCUUGUUGUUGGAUGACUUACCGACAACACAGAGAUGCCGAGGAAGCUUUGGACAGUUUUGAAACCCCCGAGCCCGAACCUCCCGAGGAUGACCCUGCACUCACCGGUGGUGCGGACGGCGACCUCAAGCGCCUUUGCCUACAAGAAGACGGAAGAAAGCAAGGCUGGUGGAAGACUUGGCGGCCGCGAAUUUGGGCUUUGUUCGAAGAUCCCUAUUCUUCCAAGUACGCCAGAUAUGUUGCAUUUGGUUCUCUAUUCUUCAUCCUUAUCUCCAUCACCACUUUCUGCUUGGAGACACAUGAAGCCUUCAACACCAUCAUCAACAAGACUGAGAACUGGAGUGCAGACAACGUGACACGACAGGAGGUAGUCAUCGAAGUGGUCACAGACUCCUGGCUCACCUAUGUAGAGGGCGUGUGCGUAAUAUGGUUUACCAUUGAGUUUCUGAUGCGGAUCACCUUCUGUCCAGACAAGGUGGAUUUCAUUAAGAGCUCGCUCAACAUUAUUGACUUUGUGGCCAUUCUGCCCUUCUAUCUGGAAGUAGGGCUAAGUGGCCUGUCUUCCAAGGCAGCCAAAGAUGUCCUAGGUUUCCUUCGAGUGGUCCGUUUUGUUCGGAUUUUGAGAAUUUUUAAGUUGACACGCCAUUUUGUGGGACUGCGUGUACUGGGUCAUACACUGAAAGCCAGCACGAAUGAAUUCCUUCUUCUCAUCAUUUUCUUAGCUCUGGGGGUUCUUAUCUUUGCCACAAUGAUAUACUAUGCUGAGAGAAUUGGGGCUGAUCCAGGUGAUCCUACAGCCAGUAACCACACUAAUUUCAAAAACAUCCCUAUUGGAUUUUGGUGGGCAGUGGUCACUAUGACCACACUGGGCUAUGGAGACAUGUACCCUGUUACUUGGUCUGGCAUGCUGGUCGGGGCUUUAUGUGCCUUGGCUGGGGUGCUGACCAUUGCUAUGCCAGUGCCCGUCAUUGUGAAUAACUUUGGGAUGUACUACAGUUUGGCAAUGGCCAAGCAAAAGUUGCCCAAGAAGAAGAAUAAGCACAUCCCUCGUCCCCCCCAGCCAGGAUCCCCAAACUACUGUAAGCCUGAUGCAAUCGCCUCUCCUCAGAGGGCCAUCAACUCUGGUUUGCAGGGAGGAUUAGGGGGUGACUGUCCUUUGGCUCAAGAAGAGAUCAUUGAGAUCAACAAAGCAGACUCCAAACAAAAUGGUGAUGCUGCAAAUGCUGCCCUGGCAAAUGAGGACUGUCCCACCAUUGACCAGGCUUUGUCUCCAGAGGAGAAAUCUCCUAUUACUCCUGGAGGGGGCAGUGGUCGGGAGCGUUAUGCUCAUGAUAGGGCCUGUUUCCUGCUGAGUACUGGUGAAUAUAGGCCUCCAGAUGGCAACAUCCGCAAAGUAGGGGGCUACGAAAAAUCUCGAAGUCUGAACAAUAUUUCUGGUAUGAGCAGUAACGUCAUGCGCCUGUCACCCGUCACCAACCCUCCUUUCAAACCCUAUGAAUCGCCAGGACCCUUGAGGCGCUGCCGAUCUCCAAUUCCAUCAAUACUGUAGCAUUAUGACCAGCUGAGCAUGUAUGUCAAUGUGCUAAAAUCAUCUGGCAUAAAUAGACCCAGUGCCACUGAUUCUAAAAGAUGUCACUCUGAGAGUAAAGACUCUCCUCAUGCCCCACUUCAUCAGUCCCUUGCUUCCUCUACAGAUCUUCAUGUCAGCAGAAGUUUCUUGCUUCAGGGUUUGAACAUUGGAAUUGGGUGAUGGGAAAUGGGGUGGGUUGGAUAUGGGAUAUAUGGUGCAAGGUGCUCCUGCUGGUACCACUGCAGCUUAAAAUUGUCUUCCAAUAACAGUUUCUGAACCUAGACAGCAAUAGUUUAGGUCUGGUGAAAACAAGGCUUAUUAUCUAUUAUGUCAUAGCAUUAAAAAAUAAUCCACAGAGUAAGUGUUUGACAAGUGGGAAACUUUGAGAAGAGCACCAGGAUUGAUAACCAAUUUACGUCAAUGUUAACAUCAGCCAAAUAAAACCAUGGUUCAGAGGCUAAAAUGAAAAUAAAAAAUGAACUAUUUUACAGAAAGUUUACAAAUCAGUUCUCACAUAGAGACAAUUGCAUUCUGAAAUGUUUUCAUCAGUUCAACGAAGUCACAGUUGGAUAUAUACUGGGCGUCUCUUCAUGCAGCACUGGCCCUUUUUAUUUGUACUGUGAAAAAUGAGGAAUGGUGCAUUACAAUGUAUUGCUAAAUUGUUUUCCCCUGAAUAGCUUAAAAUGAAUGUAUUAGUUAUUAAAAGUGCUUUUAAUGUUUCUUCUGCACCUCUAUCGUGAGACUGAAUAUUACUAAAAGCAAUAACAGAAUGGAAGAUGCAUGUUUCAAGAACUGAUAAAAUAUUGGCAAAACAUAUUAAUAAUUCCAGGAUUACUUAUUAAGAUUGUAAAAUCAGGGCUUGUCUGAUUUAAUAUAUCUUUUUUGUCUUCUUGCUAGCAGUGGUUCCACAGGAAACAGUCUUCUGUUGGUUUACUCUGUUUUUGUUAGGAUCCAUUCUAAAUCAGAAUUAGCAAAUGCAAUCUAACAUAUCAAGUACAGCAUGUAUAUUAUAUGGAAGGAACAGAACAGGACCUUUUAUAUAGGAGGUCCCCAAAAAUAUGUUGGAUGUAAUAAAUCAGUAUUAAAUUAUUUUAGAAAUGAAUGUUAUAUAUGCAAAAACCUACAUGUAUGUGUGUAUUAAACACAUCAGAGAAACAGUUUAUGUAGAUUAUCUAAAUGCAUAUGUACAAAUGUGCUUUAAAACAAUACUCUGAAACUUUGCUCUGCAAUUAGAGGAAAAGGCAACACAAAGCCAUAGUAUGAGAAGGUUAAUUUCCCAUUACUCCUCCAUUAACUUUUUAUUUUUAUAUUAAUAUCUGCAUUAUCAUUUUAAGUAAAAUUGUAUAGGCUACACUUUUGUACAUUCAGAACAAAUCCAUUUACUUAAAUUCAUCAGUGUACUUCUGGAAGGUUAAAGAAAUACACAGAUAUUAGCCAAGGUGGCUUCAAAUUCACCCCUUUUCCAUUAAGACUGUCCCAUUCCGUGAUUUUAUUCCUAGAAUCUGGCGUUACUAGUCACAAAAAAGACAACCCCUUUGAUUAUAUUUGAGUGUAGUGAAAUUAGUGAAUGACCAGUUUAGAUGA